AUGGAUUUGCCUGAGCAAAGCAUCUCCUACAUGGAUCCUGCCUUGUACAAAGCUGCUGUACAAGGCAAGAUUGACCCAUUUGAGAGUUAUCAAACUUCUCUUAAUCAGCUAUUGACUCCAAACAAAAACACAAUUCUUCACGUCUACUUGGAAAACCAAAGUAGAGAACCGGAAUCCACUGAUUUUGUGGAUCGGAUUCUUGAAAUGUGUCCACCCCUUCUGUUGCAACCCAACUUGAAAGGAGAAAUCCCAUUACAUUUUGCGGCAAGAUAUGACCUUCCCAAGGUAGCGGCAGUCCUCAUUGAUCGUGCAAAGGCUCGACCUUUUGAUCUAGAAAGCGGGCUUUCAGAAGCAAAGAAAAUGUUGAGGAUGACUAAUGCAGAGAAAGAUACAGCGUUGCAUGUGGCAGCUCAAAAUCUCCGGAGCCGUGUGGUGGAGAUAUUGACUAAAGAGGACUCUAAAUUUUCAUAUUCCGCUAAUCAUUAUGGAGAAACUCCACUCUAUCUCGUUACAAAUAUGAAAAUUUUUGGGGGUACUAAAGUCAGAGCCAGGAGAAUGGUGAUCAAUACAAUCUUAAGGAAUUGCAAGUUAGUGGACCAUGGUGGCCCCAACGGUAGAACAGCACUACAUGCCGCAGUCCUGAAUGGUGAUCAUGUCACCGUAAAAAAAUUAUUAAAAGAAGAGCAGAGUUUGACCCAAACAACCGAUGAAAGUGGCUGGUCCUCGCUUCACUACGCAGCCUAUUUCUCUUAUUGGAAUAGUACUUUGAUAGUGCAACUAUUACUAAAAUGUGAUGUAACUGCAGCUUAUAUUGUUGACACAGACAGGAAGAGAACAGCUCUUCAUAUAGCUGCCAUUCAAGGAAAUGCAAAAGCGAUGGAAAAGAUUGUUUCAGCCUGUCCAACUUGUUGUGAACUAGUUGACAAUAGAGGUUGGAAUGCUCUUCACUAUGCUGUAGCUAGUACAAGAAGAAGUGAAGUAUUUGGAAAGGCAGUAAAAAUUUCUAAACUUAGCCAACUUAUAUAUGAGAAGGAUGACGAAGGAAACACGCCCCUUCACCUAUUGGCUGCUUUCGGCAAAAUUUGCUGGCUUCUUCUCCCAUAUGAAGUCCAAACUAGUAAAAGCAAGAUGUGUGGUGUUAACAAGCAAGGCCUGAGCGUUGAUGACAUUUUAGAAGGAAAUUUUCCCCAAAAAAAGAAGGAGAUAUUAGAAUCGUUGGCAGAUUUUGGUAAUGGACCACGUGGGCGCAUAGUUGUAAACAAAAUUAAGGACAUCUCUGAAAUUCAGAAGGCAAAAGAGGGUCAUCUAGUACUUAUGCAGUACUAG